AUGUGCAUAGUCGCAGCAGUGUCUGCUGUUGUUUCAGCGUUCCACGGCGGAUCAGAGCUCCUCAAGCUCGUCAAACAGAAACGCCGCGCUCGCAAAGCUCGCGAUCAAGGUCAGCAAGAAUGGGAAGAGGAGCAGCUACAAGCUUCUCUUAUCGCUGGGGAACAACAGAUCGAUCUGAGAUAUAAGCAAGAUCAGAGAGAGUUGGGUGACUAUGUGCGCAUUGGUGAUGAUACCGCUCGGGAACGUCUCUACCACAUAGGCUUCAUGCUGCAGGCCGAAAUCAUCAACAGCUUACGGCAAGCCGCUACGAACGAAGUUUGUGGCGAGAGAAUGAUGAACGGCCGCCCGAACAAGGACAAUGAUUACUGGGGUUUUUGCAAGGGCGCCUGGGCUGUCCGCGAAGACCCCAAGAAAGGCAUUUCUGUGAGAACUCAGCCGUCCGGCUACUACAACACAAAGCAGAUUUGGGGUUGUAAGUCUUGCACCUUUACGGGCGACGUUUUCACAAAGCCACACCCCACAAAGAAGAACAAGACUGUCGAGAUAGUGGACCCUCGUGUCAAGAUCUCCAUGUCCGGGAUACGAUAUCGGUGGAUAUUUCUUGCCAAAUCGCAUGUAAAGAAGAAGGCAGCAGAACCUAACUCAAACGAUGACAACUUCGGCUGCCUGUUUUGUUUAGGACAAGACAAGGUCACGGGCGUUUACGGUGGUGUGGAAACACUUAUGAACCAUAUUGCGCUCACGCAUGUGGCGGACAUGAGCGAGCAGGCACAAAAGAAAGCCAAUUGUAUCCUGGGUAGAGUAGCAGGCUAUGACGAAGAGUUUGACAUCAACGUGCCGAUUUUCAAAGAGGCGGAGCUUGCUGGCUAA